ACGUAGUCCACGAUGGGCAUUGUUCGACCUGCGACGCCAGGCUUCCUCGUAACACUCGCCGCCACGGUCCUGCUCGCUCUCGUCACGUUCUCUGUCCCUUAUCUGAAAUCGAUCUAUUUCCUGAAAGCAACCAUUGCUGUGAGCAGCAGUAAUGAGACGUUCACCUUUGGCACACUAGGAUACUGCUUGGAGCAGUCCAACGGCACGACAUGCUCAAGUCCGCAUGUGGGCUACUCACUCGAUGUGAACGAGCUUCUCGGUGACGACACCGUCGUCCAGAUACCGAACGUGCUCGUCAAAUGGAUCACCUACGCCCUCGUACUACACAUCGUCGGCCUUAUACUCGCAGCUCUGUCUGCCAUCUUCGGUCUUCUCGCCCAUGUCCGCGAGAUGUCCAUGGCAUACUGCAGCUCCUUCGUUUCCGGCUUCGCCGCCUCCGUCUCGCUCGUCGCGUUCAUCUUCGAUCUUGUCCUCUUCUUCGUGACCAAAUCACGCAUCAAAGACGAGGGCGGAUCUGCCAGUCUUGGAAACGCAGUCUGGCUUACGCUCGUCGCCUGGUUGUUGCUCUUCUUCGCCGGAUGCUUCUAUGGGAUUGGGCGCUACUGCAUUAAACGCCGUCCAGGCAGGUUCGGCAGGAACACGCCCUCUGCUGACGACCGCUAUGCAGAGCAGAUGCAUCUCGAUGCCGUCAAGGCCGAAUCCGACCGCAAAGCACGCCAGAGACAGAAGGAAGGCGGGCUCCCUGCAUUCCAAGAAUAUGAGCAGAUGCAGCCGCUGGCCAAGACACCAUCAGAGGAGUAUAUUGACGACGGCGACAAGAUCGUGCCCUUGUCGGACGCGCAAAAUGCCGGCGUGGGGACGUACAGCGGGCGGCAGCGCACUCAAUAUCCUGGAGGCUAUUCGCAAGCGCCGGAGGGCACUCGCGCUGUUGAUGCGUACUACAAUCCCGCCGUAACAUCGCCCGCGCAGUCCAGCAUCUACCCGCCCCAGUCCCCGCCUCAACCGCAGAGGCAGGCCAGUGGACACUCACAGGGACCUUCCGGAUAUGCUGCAUCAACGUACGGCAAUACGGCUGCUGAUGCAGCAAGAUACGGGUAUGGUCAUGCUCAGCAGCCGACAACGGCUACGACGAACUACGGGCACACAGCGGGUGGUUCCUCUUGUAUGUUCUCUUCUUUCUCGGAACGCCAGCAUCAGAAUUUUUCGGUGCCUCGCGCAGCCGCAAACGAUGCGCCGAGCGCACAACCAUUCAACCCCAACAUCUACAAUAGCACUGCGUACAUGCACGGUGCCGCCCCGUCUUCCACCGCUGCAGCAGCUGCAGCAGCGGCCACCACGAGUCCGUACUACUCACGCUCCGCAACCGCGCAGCCCGAUCGCAGCUACACGCUUGGCGGUGGUGCAUAUGGCACCGCCGCCUCUGAUGCAGCCUACUUCAACCCGUACGCGCAAGGAUCGUCAUCGCAGCACACGACACCAUCUCCCGCGCCGAUCAACACGCGACAGCCGACAAUGCGGGGCCCGCGGUCGCCCCCGCAGCUGGUGGAGUCGCCGGUGGAGAGCAUGCCUCAGCCCGCGCAGCCGCAGUACAGCGAUAGCCCGCCAAUGUAUGACGCUGCGACGGCGCAGCCACCGGGAAUGUGGUCCACGAAGCAUUCAUAA